GAUGGACGACAGAAAUGUCUGUCCUCUGCGGCUGGCGAAUUCAGAAGCUCUAAAUAACACUACUAGUUUCCCUAACCCGGCUUCUGUGAUAGAUCCUGACAAAGUAAUAAACAAUAAACUAGAUAGUUCCAAGGUUGAAGGAGACGAGGAAGAAGAGGAGCUACUAAAGGGCCUCCUCAAUGCCGACUACUGCCAUGUGUGUGAGGCUGUGCUGCUAUUUGAAUCUCAGCGACUGUCCCACUACGAGGGCAAGAAACAUGCUCAGAAACUCAAGGUGUACCUGCAGUCCAAGAGAGCUGCGAGGUUAAACAAAGAGCCGACAGUUCCCCAGCGGACCAUGCCUACGGAUAAGGACCGUUUUUGUAAGCUGUGUAACAUGGUGUUUAGUUCCCACUUGUCGGCAACAUCGCACUAUGAAGGAAAAAUCCAUGCAAAAAAUCUCCGAAAACAAGGUCUCCAGCCCCCAGGAAAUUUCUUGCACAAGUACACAGACGUGUGUACUUUACCACGGCUGACUGACAAUGCUGAAAAUGCUGAUCACAAGUCCCCCCCAGAGGGGGCUGUGGAGCAUCAUGAGGCCCCGGCAGCCACGACAACUACCCCCAGAACAGUGGUUGAUCUGAAGGACCCGAACAGGUACUGCCCUCUGUGUGAUGCUUCCCUCAACAACCCUCAAAUGGCUCUGCAGCACUACAAUGGACGCAAACACCAGAGAAAUCAGGCCAAACAGGAGCUGAUCAAAGAGCUGGGAGACGAUGUCCAACAAGCCAACUCCCUGAGGUGUCAGACGUGUAAUCUGCAGUUUAACUCUUUGGAGCUGUAUCAGGCACACGUUCAUGGAAACAAGCACCAGUUUAGGGGGAAGAAGGUCACCGACCUGUGCAAAUCCCAACAGAAAGUCCACGGCACGUUUGCAGAUGAGCUGGCGGAUUACAUUCAGGCUCAGAGAGCUCGUGGAAUUACUCCCAAGUCAGGUCAAGUCCAACCUCAGGGUGACACACAAAUGGAGGAUGAGGAAGAAGAAGAGGGAGUAAAAGUUGUGAUUGAUAAGAGACAUAUCAUAGAACUAAAUAAACCUACGCCCAGCCUUACUACCACCUCUGACCCUCGUCAUUACCGCCCUUGUAGUUACUACCCAGCUGAAGGGUGGCAUCCUCCAAAUCAGGGCCCUCCCUGGCCUCCUCACAGCUGGGACUACAACUUCCCUCCUCCAGUCCUCCCAGGCUCUCCACAGUUAAACAGGCCCAUGAAAAGAAGGAGACGAGGAAAGCAGUCCAGCUCCUCCUCGUCAUCUUCCUCUUCCUCCUAUUCCUCUUCUGAUAGCAGCAGCAUGAGUGACAGUGAUGACAGCAAAUACAAGCGGAGAGAAAAACGGAGGAUUAGAAGAUCCAAGAAGGAGAGAGGGCGGAGAGCAAGAGAUGAGGAGUUUGACAAAGAGGAGAGGCACGGAAAAUCGCAGAGGAAGGAACGAGAGGAUGAUAAAUUUAUAAGAAAACAGGAGGAAUCUGGAGAGUUGGAGCAAGAGAGGAGGGGAAAAAAGCUAAAGAAACAUGGCAAGAGGAGACGAAAAGACAAAAAAAACCUGGAUGUGAACUGCGAGGGGGAGGGAGGAGAUGGGGCGGUGGACAAUGUAAAGCCAGAAGAGAUGGACAAUACAAAAUACACAAGAAUGCAUAUUCAGGGUGAAAUUAAUGUUGAAGAGGAGGAGGGGGAGCAGGAUGAAUCCGCCACACCCAAAUACAGGAAAGAGAAGAAGAAAACAAAAGAGAGAGCAGACACUAGGACGGAAGAGGAGAAGCUGUGGGAUGUCUCCAUCUUGGGCUGACAGAGCAGGAUUUUUAACAUGUAUAAAUGCAUUUAUUAAACUCAUGUUGACAAAGCAAAUGUCACCAUCGGCAGGGAAAGUGUUCUCCAUAGCUUUGUUAACUCAUACACAAAACAUAAUUGUUAUGUCAUUGUGUUUGGAGGGUUUCCAUAACACAUAGCUCAGCUGUGAUAACUUUAUUUUUUCACUAUGACACUUAUUAAUAUAUUUCAGUAAAUUAAUGUGCACAGUCAACCUCAGAUAAUGGCUGUCAUGUUUAUGAACUCUUAUUUUCUUGCCAAUUUUUUAGAAUCAUCAAUCAGUCAUCUUGACCUAUUGAUUAGCAUUUCAUUAGUUUAUGCUAUGUACUGUAUGUGUAUCCGCUCCUUGCAAGGCUGCGUUUGCUUGUGUUCCCUCUAACAGUCUGCGGUUGGCGCUGUUGAGCUUCAACGCAGCAGUAAAGCAAAUAGAAGCCCACAGAUGUUGGAAGUUCAAGUCAUUUCAUUUCUUGUGCGGUAAUGUCUGCUUGCACUUCAGAAAGACACAAACAAGGCUAACUGAAUAUAAUGUUAACGAUUUGAUACAACAGGCCUUGAGCACUUUGUACGUUCACUGCAACACCACAACACUGUAAACAAACAGGAGGGUGUGGAGGCAUUGCCCCAGUCUACAGUGCAUUCUGUGUGCAUGUGUGACACCCCCAUUGCACAUGUAAAUAGCACAUAAAGUGUUUGGGGUCAGACAGGUGCAAUAGUUCAAAUGAGGACAGCUCUUUACAAACUUCAGAAUUCAUGUUCAGGUGCAAUAUCUGAUGAACUGAAACAGUUUACAAUAGUUAAAGGUGCCUGAAAAGAGACACGAUUAUUUACGUUUAUCCACAUUUUUUGCUAAAGACUUUUCAAGGAACAAUUCUGAAGGCAUUAUGGACUUUAACAAGACUUCACACUGAACUGGUGUCACACUACUCUAAAUGCAGGUGCCAUGAGAAGCUGUCGGUACAUGCUCUUAACAGGCCAUGAGAUUAACAGGUCAGUUUCAGUAUAAGGGCUAUUUUGCAUUGUGUCAGGAGCGUUGGAACAGAUAGGUGCACAGUAUU